CCCUAGAAUCCCACCAAAACCCCUAUUUCUCUCUGUUUGGUAUUCAAAGUCAAAACAAGGUUUUCAUCUCUCUCUGCUAUAGUUAUAGUUGUUGAUUACCAAUGGAUUCUCAACCUGUUGAACCAGUCAGCUACAUCUGCGGAGAUUGUGGACAGGAGAAUACCCUAAAGCCCGGUGAUGUGAUACAGUGCCGUGAAUGUGGUUAUCGUAUUCUCUACAAGAAACGAACCCGCAGAAUUGUGCAGUAUGAAGCUCGGUGAUGCUUGAAACCAAUUCAGUGUCAACGCGCAAUUGAUCAAGAGAAGCAGCUAGUCCUUUUCUUAUGGAAGUACAAAAUUUAGCAUGUAAUAGCUAUUAGCUAUGGUGAAAAAAAAUGCUUUUCAGCAUGAACUUUCUUUGUUGGUGCAUUGGCAAGUUCAAUGUAAACUCACACUAUGGUUGAGUCAUGUGGAAAGCUCAAAUUUAAAACAAGAUCUUGUGCAACAUUUGGUAUAUUAAAACCUUCGUAACUUUGUGUUUCC